UAUUGGUCCGUUGGGCGCCGGGUGGCGGCCGGAGGCUGUUGCCAUAGAAACGAAGCGAGGCUGCCCUCCCCCCCCCCCCAGGCAUCGGUGGCACCGGUUGGCGUCGGACAAAACGGAGCCGUCUUUGCCCUUGGUGAUGGGAAAUUUUGGAGACACAAGGACCUGCAGAUGCUGGAAUCUUGCAUGGAACACAAAGUGCUAGAAUAACACAGCAGAUUCAAUUUGAAUGUAGUGAGUUAACGCAUGAAGGAAAAGCUUUAAAGUUUAAAUAAUUCAAAAUGACAUUUGCACCAUUGAAGAUCAUGAACGGUCCUAAAAUGCAAACAAAGAUGAGCACAUGGACACCCCUGAACCAUCAGCCUACCAAUGAAAAGGUCUUUGGAGAAAGAGGAGAACUACUAGGGAAAUGGUUUGAUAAGUGGACUGAUACACAGCGUCGCAAGAUUCUUCUUGAUCUGUUUAAAAGAUGCUCCGUCUCCCAGCUGAAGUUUUGUGAGCAACAUUUGCGCAGUAGAGUUCCAAUGGAAGCUUUGGACUUUACAUGUUUCCUUCCCAGAGUGCUGGCUUUAUACAUCUUCUCCUUCUUGGAUCCAAGAAGCCUUUGUCGGUGUGCACAGGUGAACUGGCAUUGGAAAGAUCUGACUGAACUGGACCAACUCUGGAUGCCCAAAUGCCUGAGACUAGGUUGGUACAUCAGUUUCUCGCCUACUCCCUAUGAACAAAGAAUCUGGAAAAGGCACUACCUUGAGAUGGUGAAGGAGCUGAAUGUGACCAAGCCAAAGACUCCACCCAAAGAAGAGUUUAUUGUGGCGCAAGUCCAUCCAUUAUCAAAGGAUCCAGCAGACCAAAAGCUGUCUACAACGCGGUCCCCCACUGGGAAAGUUCGGCCUGAGCUCCCACCCUGGCGUGGGUCAGACAGACAUCCGACAGAUACCAUACGUUUCAACUAUCUGGACAACAGCAGCCCCAUUGAGUUAACUGGGAAAAAGAAGGGCAAUCAAACCACCCCUGAUCUUAUUCGACAGAGUCUCGACAGAAAGAAGCAUCCAUCGGCAAACUAUAAAAUGCGUAAAGUAAAAUCACUGAUGUGCAUGUCCCUUGACUUUAACUUCAAUCAAAAACGGCAACUUCGUCCAGUCUGGGCAAGUCGUAGUGCAGUGGGAGGUUUUGUUUCCAAGGAAGAAGUCAAUGCAUUAACCCAAAGUUCCGAGUGGAAUGCUGGUAUUCGACCAGCACCAGUUCGACCAGCUGUUCCAUUCAUGAGUGAAAAAGGACAUAAAGCUUCUUUACGGACCCAGAGGAGCACCCCCUCCUGCCCACUCUUUGAGAGUCAGCCAUGGCAAGUUCCAGAAACAGGGAGAAGCGGUGAUGAAGAAUGAAAGGAUUAAACCACGUGGAACAGAUACUGAGCUGAUUGCUCCAGUUCCUGGCUGAUUUCCUGACGCCCAUGAAACCACCAUAUCUCUUCUGGAAACUUUUCUUGUCUUCCACAGCGUUGAUGCCAUCGUGAUACCUCUUCAUGGACCUUUCAUUUGGCUUGGAAGCCAGUGGCUCUGCUUGGAAAUCAUAGGACCUCUUGGCUGAAGGCAUUUCUGUAUCUUGUGGACUGUUGAUCACCUCAAAUGUGGCCUCAGUUACAUCAUCAAGGUCUUCGGUGCUCCCAAUGGGCAUCACAUUCUUCACAUCUUGCAGAAAGGCAUGAGUAUUUCCCGAGUCAAUGGUGCCAAAGAUCCUAGCAACACCAAAAGGCAGGUUCCUGGCUUGAGAUGAACUAAUUUUCAGAGAUAACAAUGGAGAUACAGAGAUGAUUUGUCGACAGUUUUUCCAAAUGGCAGAAGAUGGAAUUUUCCCUUCACACUCCAGACUGCAGGCCUAAAACAAAAAGGCAGGUUAUUUAUUGAGGGGGGAGGGCAGGACAUAGCUCACUAUAACUUCAUUAAAUCAUUUAUUUUAUCAA